AUGCGCACCUUCAUCACUGCCCUCCUGGCCUUUUGGGUUGGCGUCACCCUUGCCCAGAAUCUCACCACUGGUGCUCUGGGUAAUGCCACUGUCGUGACCAACAAUCCGGUUGGCCAGUCCUUCGUCGGUACCCUUCCCAAGGAUGCCUUCUUCACUGCCGGUUCCCUGGACGGCAAUGUCCAAGGUUCCAUCACCGUGAAGACGGGCGCGAACGGUGUCGGAGUUGACUAUGUCGUAUCCUUCUCUAACCUGCCCAAGGAGGGCGGCCCGUUCCCCUACCACAUUCACCAAUCGGCUGUCCCAUCCAACGGAAACUGUACUGCCACCUUGGCUCACCUGGAUCCCUUCGUUCGCGGCGAGGAUCCCGUCUGCAAUGCCGAGUUCCCUCAGACCUGCCAGGUCGGCGAUCUGAGCGGCAAGUAUGGAAAGAUCACCUCAGAUCCCUUCGAAGCCACCUUUCACGAUGAGUUUGGCUCGUUGAACAUUGGUUCCAACGCCUCCAUCCAGGAUCGAAGCUUUGUUGUCCACUUCGCCAACAAGACUCGUAUUACUUGCGCCAAUUUCGCUGUGUCGGGUUACGGAAACGGCACAACUAACAUGACCACUUCGAUCGCUCCGACCUAUUCUGCUACUGGCACUGGAGGCGUUCUGCCUACAACCGCUUCAACCGCUGCAGGCACCUCGGGCUCAGCUUCCCCGACCACGACCCCGAUCAUCAGUGGAGCUGCUAUUAUCGACUCUGGCCUUGCUAGUGCCGCCAUGGUCGCCAUUGCAGUUUUGUUUACUCUUUUCUGA